AUGAUGGUAGCAACAGGAGAUAUUAUUGCGCAUGUCGUCUCCAAUAAUCCGAUGAAUCCAAGUGUACAGGAUGCAUCAAUCCACCACCUACGAAUUUCCAUCCUUCGAGAAUUUGCAUUAAAUGCAACAACUCAUGAUAUUCCUGGCAUCACUCGUAGUCGAAGUAUGCCAAAUCGUAUAUUUUGGGCUAUACCAUUCAUGGCAUUUACAAGUGCUAUGGUGUAUUUCAUUACAGAAGCGCUCUGUGCGUAUUUCGAGUAUCCAUCGCAAACAAAAGUGAGUAUUACAAAUGCACGCAUACAACACUUUCCAGCAUUCACUAUCUGUAAUGCUGGUGGAAUUCGCGCCGAUGCACUACUCAAAACAUAUAAUGAAUAUACUGCACAUUUAAAUCUGACAGCUACAAGUAGUAAUUCGGUCAUACUCAAACUAGCAGAUUUUAUGAGAUUUUACUUUUCAUCUCUUGUCAAUGAAGACGGAUCACUAGGACAAUAUGUAUUUCCAUUGGAAUCGAUGUGGAUGAGUUGUUACUAUGUUGGAAUUCGAUGUUCAGUCAACGAUUUUAUUGGAUUCGACUCCGCUGAAUUUGGUCGCUGUUAUAAAUUUAAUGCUAAAAGAAAAAAUGGCAGUCUGCUUUACAACCAUGAAACAGACAGUACUGGCAAAUUAUUAUUACGACUCUAUAUUCAUGAUCAUCAAUAUGUUCCUACAGUAACCGAAGGUGUAGCGAUGUUGGCCAUGGCUCAUGACAAUACACAGUUACCUAUGAUUGAAGAAGCAGGCAUGACAUUAGCACCCGGUUUUCAACAUCGAUUGUCAUAUGUAAAAAGAGAUAUUCAAUUUUUAUCUGAACCUUAUUCAUCAUGUACAAACGAAAUUCCUUGUGCCCUGCAAAUUAUGUUCGAAAAAUAUGACGGUGCAGAGUAUGUCUAUUCAGAAGAACUUCGUAAUAUGCUUUGUUCACAAGCAUAUAUGUACGUGCUUUCUAUUCUUGACAUACAUAAUGAAAACAAAUAUUUUGUUGCUUUUGUAUAUUUACUUAUUUGUAGCAAUGAUCAAUGUGGUUGUGUGAGUCCUUUACAGUGGAAUGCCCGUACGAUAGUUUUACCUGUAACAGAUAAGACUAUUGCAACCCGUCUAUGCAACGUAACUAACCCUUGUUUUAAUAAAGCUAUGAAUGAUUUCGAUUUGACACAAUCGAUUCAAGAUCUUUAUUGUUCUCAUUGCCUACAGCAAUGCUCGACUACAGAAUUUGUUGUAAAAUCGUCACUAUCAGGGACACUGCCAGAAUGGCUCAUACCUUUUAUUAGAGAAUUCGUUCAGAAUACAUCGAUACCGUUGCCAGAUGAUUGGUCAACUCGAUGGCGUGAACAUAUUUUUUCAAGUUAUUUGUCAUUAGAACUAUUCAGCGAAUCGAGUUUGAUUGAAACCUAUACGCAAACGCCAACAUUACAGCCCUUCGAUAUUUUUUCGAAUGUAGGUGGAUUAUCUAGUCCUUGGAUUGGAGUUAGUUUUCUUACGAUAAUGGAACUCAUCGAAAUGCUAUUUCUACUCAUCCAACAUCAAAUUCGUCUAUCUCGAUCAGCUAAUCCAGAAAAUAAAAAGUCGGAUCUACACGCUUAUAUGAAAUUAUUACAAUCUACUUUAAAAGAGGACUAUGCCGCAAUUGUUCUAUGA